CGCUGCUUGACCCCAACACAAGGUCCGAUAGGAUUGUCAUCCUUCCCCGCUAUUGUUGUUCUGUCGUCGGACAUGGAGUCUGACCAUCGGACAUCCCCUGCUUCGGCCCCAGCCAAUCCACGGAGACUCCAGGCCUGCGAGAGAUGCUGGAAACGCAAACAGAAGUGUGAUAGACAAUUGCCGGCAUGCACAACCUGUGUGGAAGCCGAUGCGCAAUGUGCUCCCCGACGCGUCCCUAUCGGGCCCACUAUGGAGGAGGGCAGUGGCCUCUCGCAUGCUGCCGUACCCAACUAUGUGGAAUCUCUCAAGAGAAAGAGGGAUGAGCUAGAUGCGCAGUUUCGACAGCAAAGGGCACGCCGAGAAAGGGAAGCGUCGGUUCCACCUCAACCGUUGCCGAACAUGGAGUCCACUUCGGUAGGUAGCCCUGGCGAUUCGAACCAGACACCGUCAACGGCUCCCACCAGUUUCAGCGAGCGGUCGGUACAGGCUGCGAUGGGAGAGAUUGGAUUCCUGUCCCGCAAUGCGAUGGCAGAGCCACGCGACGAGUCUCGUGGAUUUCCUCAAGAAUUAGCCAUGGGAAGUAUGGUGAGAGCCGCCCUGGUCAUAUCAGGCGAGGAUCCAUCACAGUCUCGAGAUUUGUGCCACCAUAGACGAACAUUCGUGACCAUGAUGGGACCUGCGACGGGGAUCAGCAAAGAGUUUGCCGCACCUUACCUAAACCGUUUCCUCGACCACAUCGGGGUGAUGUUUCUUCAUAUCGACCGGAACGAGUUGCAGGGUGAAUUCGACUCCUACUUUGAUGCCCGUAGAGGGCAGCCGGGUGCUACAAAGGGCCCCAAUUCAGGAACCGCGUUCUUGGAGUUCAGAGUUUACAUGGCUGUGGCAAUUGGAAUGUUACUUUCACCGGAGCCUGGGAGCGAGCUAUUGGCGACUGGUUUGCAUGCAGCCGCAACGGAGAGAUUUACCGUUAUUAUAGAGCAGGGCGACUGUGUGAAGACUCUACACUGUCUGUGGUCAUUAGCUUUGUAUUCCAUGUUCAGUUCUCUCGGAGGAUCCACUUGGCACCUGGUGGGAUUGGCAAUGAAGAAAUGCAUCUCGUUUAGAUUGCACCGGGAGUUGUACCCAGACUCCGAUACGAGUCAAGAAGAACUGAACAGCCGACGCAGCAUCUUCUGGGCCCUCUAUGUAAUUGACAGAACUAUAAGUUGUGUGAUGGACCGCCCAUUUAGUAUUGAGGACGAAGACAUACUGGUUCAGCUUCCGGUCUAUAGCUCUACCUCAAAGACAAUAGCUGAGUUUGACUUUGGCUGCCAUAUCAUCAUGCAUGCUCGACUUAUGUCUAGUGUGCGGAGCUCUUCUUCCCGAGGGCGUUUGUAUCACUACCGCAACCUAAGCUACUGGCGAGAUUCACCAAAGUCCGUAAAGGACUUCGCUCCCGGCGAUAGUGUCCUCUCCGUCUCGAUAAAGCAGCUCACCUGCAGAGCGUUGACCCAGAUUGCAUUAUUGACCCGAGGUACACUAUCCAAUGGUGGUAUAGUAGGAGACGCUCGAGCCGUUGAACAUGACGUCGUCGAUGGCUGCCAAGCGUAUAUAAAUGAUGCAUACUAUUACUCUGAACAAGGAAAGUAUGCAGCAUCAUUCGUUGACGGGUUUGACCUCUUCGCGGCGGGUGUCCUUGUCAUUUGCCUUCCUUCUCUGUCAGCACUUGCAGGGCCUCCACGGGAAACAGCCAUUAUUAGCAAGUGUACAGCCCUAUUGACGACCAUUGGGGAGCGGUUCCAGUCACUCAAGGUGCUCAGGAAACUGCUUCUAGCUCUAUCGAGCGUGGCUGCGCAGGGAGCAUACCACGACCCGGCUUUAGAUGAACUACCAGAAAUCAUCUCGGAUCCGAUGCAAGGCCUGAUCCAGGACUUCCUCCGGUAUAUCGAAAUCAUGGCCCCCGGAAUUACAGAACCCUCAUCCUCAGCAGGUCCUUCUACUACUGGGUUCAAGCCUACCGUCUACGUUCUUGACACCUUCCCUCCCAAGGCCAUCGAGUACGCCAAGACCUUGUUCAAUAUUAUUCAGCCUCAGGAUGAAGAAUUCAAGAACUGGCGGCAAAAUGCAAGAGCGCUGUUAGUGCGAAGCUCACAUGUUACCGCCGAUGACAUCGCCAGCUGCCCGAAUUUAAUUGCCAUCGGUAAGCACGGCGUGGGAAUCGACAAGAUCAAUCAGGAUGCUUGUGCACAGCGGGAUAUCAAGAUCCUCAACACCCCGGGUGCCAAUGCGCGAGACGUUGCGGAGCUGGUCGUUGCACUGGCCUUGUCGGUUGCGAGGGGAAUUCGGUCCAUCACAUCCCGGCAAAUGCUGAAGCCCGUACCGAAGGAGACCUGUAAUGGGUUGACUUUGUAUCAGAAGACGAUCGGCCUCAUCGGUAUGGGGAACAUCGGACGCACCGUGGCGGAGAUCUUCCGUGGUGGCUUCGACGCCAACAUUGUGGCUUACGACGCGUACAUGCCCAAGGAUGUAUGGUCCCAUAUCCCACACACCAGGGCAAAGAGUGUCGAUGAGGUGCUUUCCCAGGCAGACGUGCUCUCCAUCCACGUCCCCCUUACCACAGAGACUCGGGACAUGGUCUCCUAUCAGCAAAUUCGCGCAAUGAAGCCCGAUGCAAUUCUCAUUAAUGCGGCUCGAGGUGGUAUUGUCAACGAGGCCGACCUCACCAAGGCGUUAUCGGAAGGGUAUCUGUGGGGCGCAGGGCUGGAUUGUCAUGAGCAAGAGCCACCCAGCCAUGAGAAGUACGAGGCCCUUUGGAAGAAUUUGAAUGUCAUUAGCACACCACACAUUGGCGCUGCCACCUCAAGAGCACAGCUGGCCAUUAAAUAUAUUCUAUAUCUUGGCUUGUUUCACAUUUCUCGAAGCUGGAACUCCCCGACAGUGCCACCGCACACAUUGCACAUUGCCUUUGAGACUAUCUGUGAUAAACAAUGUUUUCCCAUCCGGGCCACCAAAGGUACAGUUCGUCAGAUUCUUUCCACCGCCUGGCGCUGUUACAAUCCUGGCCUUGGGGAUACCGUCCGCAUCCACGACAAACACCGAACCGAGGCUGGGAUGGCAGAUGAAUACAUUCCCCUCUUCGUCCACGGCAAGUCCGUCGGGACCUGCACAUCCAAAGGACUGGAAGAAGAGACCGACUUUGGUGGUAGACCCAUCGUAGAUGUCGUUGGUGGAGGAGACGAUCAGGUCGUUAGGGCCUUUGAACCGCUCGAGGUUGCGCCGAUCGAUUAA